AUGUCGAGUUCGAUUGUUCUCUUCAACCUCGUGCAAGGUGAUACCAAUACCACUCCCCUCAGAUCUGGGACGGACAAUUUCCAUGUCUCAGGGGACGGAUACAAUUCGACAAGAUUGUCUAGUGAGCUCUCCGGACCUACAUUAAGUACCUCUGCAUGGCUCUACGUCUUCUUUCGGGGCUCAAAGCUCAGCCUAGGGUUGUCCUAUCGAGCACAAUCACUCCCCACUGAAUGGUCCUUUUGGAUGGAUGGCCACGACUUUAACUUGACGACGAGUAGCGUCCCUUCAGGAGAUUCGGCAGGGAGCACACUCACAGCACGAUAUCUGAUCAAGAUUCAAAGUUCUGCAGCAAACCAAUCUACCGAUCACCAGUUAGUGGCAUACAUUCCCGCUACGAAAGACCGACCGUUGCAAAUCGAACCAGGGGUCGAUAAUAAUGCGCAAGAUACUAUACCCGCGACGUUUGGCAUGAGCGCAAAGGACGUUCAGGCUGAUAACGCCAUAGACAAUACUUCUCCAUCACUCAUCUAUUCCUCUGGGUGGUCUCAUUCCACAGGGAGCUUCUGGGAUCUUCUCUGUUGGAACGAGACGUCUUCGAAAACCAAUGAAGCUGGGGCAUGGGUAGAGACGACAUUUGCCGGGACAGACAUAUGGUUCUUUGGUUACAUAGGCAUAGACGGCGUGCAUUUAAACGUAUCCAUCACAGAGUAUACUGGAGACCAAAAACGCGCCUGGUCAAAAGAGCAUUUCAUCAAGGGAGAUGCUGGCAUGAAAGUGCCCCUUGUGCAGGCUCCGCUCUUUAAUGAGACCAAUAUACCAACAAACCUCGCGAGAACGUAUCGUAUUACUGUUAUUUCUGGAUCUAUCGCAUUGGAUUUUGUGCGAUUUCAAGGCACGGUUGUUGAUGUUCCCGCUCAACGCCAACAUCCACGAAUGAACCUGAUUCUCAUAGCUACCCUUGGCGCAAUUGGCGCGUUCAUGCUAGGCGUUCUAUCCCUUCUUUUCCUCAAACGGCGGCGACCUCGAAAGGAACAGCUUGUGGGUCGAAAUAUUGGGCCAGAUGCACCGACCAUUCGAUCCUUCUAUGCAGCAAGCACAAAUACGGCUGUGAGUGGAAGGCUUCACAGAAAGCGGACCGAAGACGAUCACGUGGAAUGGGCGAGGUUUAGUGGUCCGUCUCGCUCGACACAGCGCUCGUCCACAGGCAUACAUUCGGAAAUAGACGAUUCGCUCCAGUCUAGUCACUUGACUCUGGAGAGUCAGACUAUGCACUCUUCUGAACCACUGCGCAGUAGUAUAUCCUCCUUUGGAGUGAACGGGCGACGAGUGGCGAUAGAAUCCAGUGGCUCGGAAGGUCUCCAGUUGUCUAUGGAUGACCUGGCCCGCGUAAUACAACGUGUCAAGGAGCUUGAAAACCUAGCCAACCUUGGUAAGCUGUCCAGUGGCGGGCAGCCAGAAGAGAAGACGGAUUCCUGA